AUGGGAUCCAUAGUCGACGCUGAACAAGCAAGAAAUUUGUCGCUUUUCCGGCCUCUUGGGUACCAACGCAACUCAUGCGGUUACUGUAAAUCUGACGAUGGAAGUGCGUCGUACUAUACUAGCUCUGUAUCCGUACGACCUGGACAUUAUGAGCAACUCGUCAACCGUGGGUGGAGACGGUCAGGGACGCUUUACUACAAGCAGAACCUGCAGAGGUCAUGUUGUCCGCACUAUACGAUGAGGCUUGAGGCCUCGGCCUUCAAGUCUAGGAGGGACCAGCGUAAAGCACUCAAUCGCUGGAACAAGUUCAUCUUGGGACCGGAAUACAUUCGCCGGGCAGCUUAUCUAUGCCCUAGGACGCGGGAAGAGAAGAAGCACCGGAAAUGCAACUUCGACCUACUCGCAGCUGUUCAUGAAGCCGAAUAUAGCAAUGUGAAACGGCCCGUUGAUCCCAAGACUAAGAAACUGUUAGAACCUGCUCAUCGAUUCGAGGUCAACCUCGAAGGGGAUUCUAUAUCUCAGGCAAAAUUCGAGCUCUUCCUUAAAUACCAAACCAAAGUCCACAAGGAAGAUGUCUCUAAAUGGCAGCAAAAGGAUUUCAAACGGUUCCUUUGUUCAGGCAUGAAGCGUUCUCCUGCUGAUCCCAAAUCUACUGAGAAGAAGCUAGGGUCAUGGCACCAAUGCUACCGACUGGAUGGAAAGCUUAUAGCAGUUGCGGUCCUAGACUUGAUGCCGAGUGGUGUGAGCUCCGUGUACAUAUUCUACGAUCCCGAUUACGAACAAUGGGAGUUUGGGAAACUCAGCGCCCUGAGGGAGAUUGCCCUUGCCAUCGAAGUCAGCUACCGGUAUUAUUACAUGGGCUACUAUAUUCACUCAUGCCAGAAAAUGCGGUACAAGGGGUCAUUCAGACCGCAGUAUAUCCUCGACCCCGAAAGCAACACUUGGGAUCCCCUUGACGGCGAGCUGGCAACGAAGCUGGACGAACGUCCUUAUGUAUCACUUUCACAUGACCGCCGUCUCGCUGCGCAGGACACACCGGAGCCUGCGGAGAAUGACGCGACAGAAGCCGAUGCCGAGAUCAACGAUGAAGAGGUAUCUCUCUUCGACUUGCACAUGCCCGGCGUCUUGUCUCUGGAGGAAGUGAAAGCUUUGGAUCUAGACCACUGGCUCCUCCUUGUCCAUGGCAGUUUUGUUCAUAUGAUUGAUCUUGUGGGAUGGGAGACAAUGCCACUUGAUAACCCCCAGUCCGUCAAAGGGAUUAUCGCCGAGCUUGCCGCGGCGUUGGGCCCAGACCUCGUCAAGGAGAGUGCCGUCGUACUAUUCGACUAG